AGCACGGCAGGCAGGGAAGACAAGAAAGAGAGGCAGAAACAGACGAUACAACAAAGGAGUCGCUUAAGCCCCCACCCCCCAGUGAAAAUGCCUUUCUUGGGCCAGGAUUGGAGGUCGCCGGGAUGGAGCUGGAAAAAGACGGAGCAUGGCUGGAAGAGGAUUAUCUUCUAUGGACACGAGUUGGAGGAUAACAACAGAGAGAUAGACUUGAAAGAGCUCUGCAGUGACAACAAAGACAAUCUGUUUGUCGGAGAUGUGUGCGAGCUCGCCACCACAAAGAGGAAAAAGGACCUCUUCAACAAUAACACCAAAUCGCAGUUUGUUUUUGAGGAUAAAUGGAUCUACGUGCAGAAAGGGAGCACAAAAGAACGACAUGGAUACUGCACACUUGGUGAAGCCCUCAACCGUCUAGACUUUUCCAGUGCCAUCCAGGACCUGAGAAGAUUCAACUAUGUUGCAAAACUUUUUCAGCUAAUAGCCAGGUCUCAGCUGACCUCUUUAAGUGGAGCUGCCCAGAAAAAUUAUUUCAACAUUCUGGAGAAGAUUGUACGAAAGGUUCUCGAUGACCAUUACAAUCCACGCCUUGUCAAGGACCUGCUGCAGGACCUGAGCUCAACACUUUACAAUCUGACUAUCCAUGUUGGCAGGUGUGUCCUCGUGGGUAACAUCAACAUCUGGCUGUACCGACUUGAGACCAUUCACAAAUGGCAGCAGCAGGUCAACAACCUGCAGAUCCCCAAGCAAAUCAGCAACGGCAUGUCAUUUAGCGACUUGCCGCUUCACAUGCAGAACAAGAUCCUCUGCAAGUUAUCUGAUGCCUAUGACAUCAUUAACCUGGGACAGGCCACGCCCACGCUGCACUGCCUCAGUGAGGACAGGAUACUGUGGAAAAAACUCUGCCAUUUUCACUUUGCAGACAAACAGUUCUGUAGGAAUCUGGUCCUAUCCAAGAGUGAUAAUGUGGACUGGAAGCUGAUGUACUUCACCCUGAAGAAGCAUUAUCCAAUGAGGGAGCAGUAUGGUGACACCUUGCACUUCUGCAAACACUGUAGCAUCCUCUUCUGGAAGGAUCGUCACCUGGCUUUGUUACUCAAGGACUGUGGCCAUCCAUGCACAGCCAACGACCCAGACAGCUGCCUCAUGCCCAUUUCUCCGCAGCACUUUAUUGACCUCUUCAAGUUUUGAACCCCUCACGUUGUUCUUUGAGUGAAGUUUAAGUUUACUCAACACAAGAGUGUGUACGGGACCUUGAUGUCGUUUCUAAUACAAAGGGCUUCAACUGAAAGAGAUGACUUUUUUAUGUCUUGUUGUUUCCUUACGCACAAGUGUUUCAUAAGAUAUAGUGGGGAAGAUUAAGGGUAUAUGAUACAGGAUUGUCCGUUACUGUUCGAAAACACACUUGCCAGCAAAAGUGAAGGUAAAAGCCAACCUCAGAAUCACUCUUGUUUGGCGUUAUGCCUCGCUAUAUAUGUGUUUUUUCUGUGCUCUGUCUCUUGGAUGCCUGCUGCUUACGGUCUGGCACUUUGUUGCUACCUUUUUAUAGAAGUCUUGACUUCACCUGAGCGGGUACACGCCAAUAAACAUUCCCAACACAGAAAAUACAGGUUGAGUGUCCUCA